AUGCUACGAGUGGAAGCCAAAGUGGACCAAUGGGACAAAGAGAUGAAAAGAUUCGAGGAAACCAUUCUGUCUGUCUUAGAACAUCGUAGAGACAAAACGGACAAACAACUACAAAAGCUGAGAGAUGAAAUUGAAAAGAUGCAAGAAAGUGAAGCUGGAAAUGCAGUUAUCGCAUUCAAUGCAUAUACAAAAGUCAGUGGGAAAUACCCUUUUCUUCAGGUUGUCAUAUUUCCGGAAGUCCUUCUAAAUGAAGGAGGGGGAUACAAUUCGACGACCGGACAUUUUACUGCACCAGUUGCCGGUCUUUAUCUCUUCACAGCACAUGUAUGCAACCAAGACAAGAUGCCCAUGUCGAUUUCAAUCAUGCAUGGAGGAAACAAAAUUGCUGUUAGCACGGAGUAUGAGGACAAUCAUACCAGUUGCAGUUCCCUCAGUGCACCGGCUAUAAUGGAAGCUAAGGAGCAAGUGUAUGUUACGUCUGCGUACAGUGAAAACUACAUGCGUUAUAAUACACAUCGUUGGCCAUCGUUUAUGGGUGUCUUAGUGCAGCGUCGACAUUAA